AUGUUCAACAGCACAUACAUGUUAGACAACAAAUCUUUUGACCGGAUGAAGGAGAGUCAGGCGGAUAUGGAAAAUGACAGAGACAAGGAUGCCACGCUACCAGACAUCAAUGAAAGGCUUGGUUAUCUCCGACCUUCAAGAGAACUUUUAGAAUUUUACCGCAAAAAAAUUGCUGAAUAUGAUGAUGAACAUGACCAGCUAGUGUGUAAGCUGGAAGAAUAUAAAGUUACAUAUGAAGAGCAGCAUACACUGCAGUGGGAACUUCGCCAGAGAGAGGAGGAAAUUGUGGAGCUCCAGAAAGCUUUGAGUGACAUGCAAGUGUAUCUGUUUCAAGAACGGGAGCAUGUACUAAGACUUUAUGCUGAAAAUGACAGACUAAAAAUUAGAGAAUUAGAAGACAAGAAAAAGAUUCAAAAACUGCUGGCAUUAGGAGGUUCUACAGGUGGCGAAGUGACCUACUUCUUCAAGGAGCCUCCGGCCAAAGCAAUCGUUGAGCAGAAGUUCAAGCAGCGACCUAAUUCAGCUAAUGUAAAUAAUAGUGCCGUGCCCAUUUCCAUCACUUCAAAUGUUAAAGGAAAGAAAACUCCAGCCACAGAGAAAAGGUCACCACUCACUGAACUACCAGAAGAAAGAUAUGCCAAUGAAAAUGAGAUGCUUACAUUACAGGUGAAAUCUCUUCAGUCGCAACUAGCAGAACAGACCAAAUUAGCCAAAGAUCAGUUGGAGGCUCUGUUAGAGGACAGGCGAGUCAAGGAGGAAGAGUAUGAAACCAGAAGACUAAGGGAUGAAGAGAAGAUCCGAACUCUGACAGAAAAGCUGCACAAGACCCAGGAUCUCCUUUAUGACAGCACUAAAGACUUCUUGGAACUGCGGUUUGAAGGCAGGGCCAUGGAACGAGCCUGGAUGGCUGAGAAAGACCGACUGCUGCGGGAGAUGGAUGUGGUCAAACAGCAAGCUUGUGCCCGGAUGAAAGAAGCUGUUGUUAACACAUCAGUUGGAGGACACUCGGACAGGGUCGAUCCUGAGGAAGUGAAGAGUCUAGAGUUUCAUCUGAAUCAGAGCAACAAGCUGGCAGAUAAUUACAGAGAGCAGGUCAUCCAACUGGAGGAUGAGUUGUCUCGGUUGAGAGAAGAAGGAGAUGUUACUAGGGAAGUGUUCCAGGAUCGCAGCGAAAGGAUGGCAAGCCGACUGAAACUGAUGAAUGCACGCUAUCAGGAUUUGGAAAGGAGGAGAACCCUAGAAGUUGAAGGAUUCAAGAAUGACAUCAAGAACUUGAGAGCUCGGCUCAAAGAUGUUGAAAAACAGUUAUACAAGGUCACCCUGGGACUCACAGACGAUAUGGAUUUCAAAAGACCUGAUGACCUUGACAUGCAGGUCCUGGCCAAUGUGCGGAGAACAGCGGGAAGAUCAAAGAAAUUAGUUGGGGAGUUAAAACAUCUGAAGACAAAGAUCUACAGUUUAGAAAAUGAUCUCAGACAUUUAUAA